AUGUCGGCGGCGCGGUGCUGGUGGUGGCUGCCGGCGCUGCUAUGGGGCGGCGCGGGGGGCUACGUGGUGCUCAGCUCGGUGUCCUGGCCGCUGCCCGAGGCUGGGGGAGCGGCCGACGAGCUGCACAGCUCCUCCACCGAGGAGGCUCUGCCCGGCCUGCUGGAGGAGGCGGGCGGCAUCUGGAAGCAGAGUUUCCCGGCCUCGGCGUACCGGGAGGACGCGGCGCUGGGCCCCGGGGCGACGGCGCGGCGCCCGGAGCAGGGGGCCGCCCCCUCCCGGAUGUUCUCGUACCGCCGGCAGCCCGCGGCACCGCCGGGCCGCGCCGCCACCGCCCGCCGCCUCGCCCGACACGGCGCCUGGGGCUUCGUGGCCUCCCGGGCCGCCCACGGAAAGAUCCAAGGAAUGCCCUAUGGGAACCUUUUGCCUAUCAGUGACGGUCCUGUCAAUAACAGCACUGGAAUCCCUUUCUUUUAUGUGACGCUGAAAGAUAAUGCAGUGGCAGAUCUCUUGAAGGAUCCUGUAGCUUCACUGACCCUACCAGAAUCAGAUGGGAAUUUCUGCAGAAAAAACGUAGUUGAUCCGGAGGAUCCACGGUGCGCCAGACUGACACUCACAGGACAGAUGGUCACAGUGCCUCCAGAGGAAACGGAAUUUGCCAAGCAAGCAAUGUUUUCUAGGCACCCAGUGAUAAGAAAGUGGCCUCGUAGCUACGAGUGGUUCUUCAUGAAAAUGAAUAUCGAGCACGUCUGGCUUCAGAGCUGGUAUGGAGGUGUUUCUACCAUUGCAGUAGAAGAGUAUUUAAAAGCAGUUCCAAGUAAAGCUUGAUUGGAUGGGCUUUGAGGGAGAGAUCUACGGCACUUCUUUUCUGAACACUUAAAAAAUUUCACUCUGGAUGGUUAUUUUACAGUAAUAUAUAGAUUUUAUUUUCAAAAGGCUUCAAAAUAGCUCUGUCUUACGUGGAGCAGGGUGAAAAUAAACCAACACAGACUUUCAAAUUAUAAAGGAGAGGUAGAUAGCAGCCCUACCCUGCAAUGUAGAAACACGUCAUUUCAAACAGGCAAUGUAUCAUCUUGAAUGUUUUGUAUCUGUUUGUUUAGACUUUUUUUUUUUUUUUUUGCCACUCACUAACUAUAGUGUUCUGUUUCACAGAAAAGGCAAACUUGCCUAUUCACAGCCCUCCAUGUAUCGUGGAAGUAUUACUGCUGCUCAGUCUCUCCGUUUAUAAGCACUCUCAUCUAAACCUAAUAACUGCACCAUUAGAUAUUUAAGUUCUUAAAAGAUUGUGCUAAAGCUGCUCUCGUUUGCUAACUUAUAUUUUCUACAUGUAUUUUUUCCUAAUUGUCUAAUUUAAUAUUUCACUUGGAAAUAGAGUAGAAAGGCUCCAAAGACUUUUUGUGGAAAAAAAUGCAGCUGCUCAAACAACACAACUUCAGUAGAACUUCUCUUCUACUGACACAAAGCUGGUUAAACAUGUAAAGAGACAAAACCAAACCAGGCUCGUAGGGAUUAUCCCAAUACAAUUAUAAACAUUCUCCUAAGAUAUUAAGUAUUCUCAGCUAGUCUGUUCCUGUUAGGAGACACAAAAAGUCUAUCAACAGCCUGCAGUCCCACAUUUUUUGCACUCCAUCUCCAGCCACCACUUUAUUUUUGACUCAUUUAUGCAAUGGACUUUUGUAAACUCUCACCAACUAAUCUAGGGAUGGACCCAGUCCUUUAAUUCUCAUUUAUUCCCUAAGGUUUAAAAGGUUUGUUCAUGAUUUUUUUUUUUUUUUAAAGAAGUCUGAAGAUAGAUAAAUAUUUCAGACCACAGAAUGGCCUGGGUUGAAAAGGACCACAACGAUCAUCUAGUUUUAACCCUCCUGCUAUGUGCAGGAUCGCCAACCACUAGAUCAUCAAAAUACUCAUUUUCCUAGUGUGGAAAGUGCAAACUUGUUUACAAACUCACUGUGAAUAGGCAGUGAAUACGCAUCUUAUAAAAUAAUCUCAAAAGAGUACAAAGCAGUUUUAAUAAUCUUCAUCCCUUUCUUGAGAUGUGCUGGUAAUCUUAUUCUGCAAUUCCUAAUGGUGUGAUAGUGAAAAAGAUCCCAUGGCUAGCUGGUCACAUCAUGACACAGUUUGAAAAUUAUAUGGCUAGUCUCCCUGCUAUGUUAAGAAAGAGGCAGAUUGAGAUGGCUUCCUCUGAAUCCCUGGGAGGGAAGCAGAGCCUUUGGCACAAGCCCACAUCAACGCAGGCGUGAGUAGUGUGGAUUUCUCAGUGAGUGACCUGAGUUUUUACAGGUUAAUCCCUGGCCAGAGCUCCAAGGCAGCUCAGGGAGCUGUGACCACCUGGAAGCCAAUUAAGUGUAGCUGAGCUUCUUUUGGUUCAGGCAUGAAAAAAGAACAUUAUUCUCUGAACAGACCUGGGCACCUUGCUGUUUUAACUUCCAGAGCUACUCAGAUCUUGGCUUCAAGUCUGCAGGCAUCACUAACAUUCCUAAUAUUCUGUAAGAACUGAAGUAAGAUGUGGGGAAAAACUUUCUUUAGACACUUGGUAAGCAUUUUUUUCUUGUCUUAUUGCCAGUGAAUCUGCAGAUCUCUUGCAGAGGUAAUUACACAAGAUGAGGAAGUGACCUGUCUGAAUGCAUUUCCCGUAUUUUCUUGGCAGAUGAACAGCAUCCUCCCAUCUAAAUUUGCCCCCAGAUCUGGUACUGUGUACUACUGAAUCAAAAUGGUUGGUCCUGUACAAAUGUAUAGAAUACCAUUCAAUGAAAUAAUUCUUGAUUUGAAUAAUUUUGCCAUGGUCAUCUUUGUGCACUAUGGAUUUGACACUGUCCACUAGGAUUUAUGGGACUUUCAAAAUAGAGGUCAGUAGGCAGAGUUCUAGGCUCUCUAAGAGAAUCUCCACAGAUCCAACCUACACAUUUCUGUGCAACUUUAAUUAGACAGUUUGUCAUUCUUGUUACUGCUAUUCCUAGAGAAGCCUGAACUUCUCUCCCUCUGCCCCCCCCAAACCCACCCGCCCCACACACACACAGUGUGAGCAAAUCCAGUGUUUAAGAAAGCUAAAGAACAGUGAGAAUUUUAGAAAUUUUCACUUCCAUCCUUAGGCAGCUUGGUAACAGGGACAUGGUCUUAGUAUGUAUUAUCCAUUACUAACACUUUUGCCUUAAAGCAGUGAGGGAGUGUGUCCACAAUAUUUAGAUAAAGAUCUUUAACUGUUUAAGAAGUGUGUGCUAUAAGAAAGGUUUUGCAUUUAUUCUACUUGCUGUGUCCCCGCACAUUUAGAUUAAUUGGAGAUAUAUAUUGUGUUAUAAAUUGACACAUUCAUCAGAGAGCUCUUCUAGACCAACAAGCCUUGAGAUUCUUGACAGAAGCUCAAAACACAACGUAGGAAUGGCAUGUAAAGUGACAAAAGAGCCUUCAUAAGGAAACACUGCUAUAAAUCACCUGUUCGCAUUUCAUGCUUUCUUCCUCCAAGGAAUAGCUUCCAUUAAAGUUCUUGAAAGUCUACAUAAAUUUAUCAAAAAUAUGACGUGCAGAUUUUUGAAUGGAAUUUUCCAGAGCACAAAAAUGGGGAAGACACAGUCAAUAAUUUGUUUAACUGUGCUUUACAUUAUUAAUUAUGCACUACUUCCAAUUUUUCCUUAAAGAGGCAAGUGUAUCAAGUGGAAUUGGUCGUCAUAUGCCAAGUGAUGUUUGUAAAAGCUUUUAAUCAAAAGAGUCUUACUAAGAUAGCAUAAUGAGAUCAGAUUUCCCUGAGACUCAUCUCACUUCAGCUUAAGUCGGUAGCAGAACUCCUAUUUAUUUAUUGUGCUUUGAUUAUAAGAUCAAAGAAACAUUUUUAGAAAGUUUGGAUAAGCCCUGACAAAUGUAUUAAGUAUUUCAGCUAGCUGAUGUGUAAUACAUUGCCUCGUGUUCUGUAUUUUACUUAUUUCGUUAGCUUCCCCAAAAACACUUGUUGCACAACACCUAUUAUUUAAAACUUUAACUGGGGUUUUGCAGUAUUUAAGAGAUGUAUUUAAUCAUGUCUGUGUAUUUGCUGAAAAAAUGAAAGACAAAGUUCUGAA